GCUGAAGACAUGGGAGACAAUAAAACCGGAGGGAUAGUUGCAGCUGCACUGAACCGUCUGAAAGUGGUGAAGGGUUUGGAGGAUGUGGAGGUGUCAGAGUGCGAGAGCUGCUCCUUUGAGGUGACUCUUAACCUGGCUUAUGUGGAGGGCAUCUGGACCAGGGAUGGGAUGCAGGUGAAGUCGAAGCCCAGUUGUCGCAUCAGCGCACACGGGAAAAAACACGGCCUUGUCCUGAACCGGGUGGCUUUGGGAGAUGCUGGUUUAUACUGUUUCCAGGCCAGUGAGGUUCAGACCUCAGGCAGGCUCGUUGUCAGAGCCAGAGACAUACACAUCGAGAAGGAACUGGAGGACGUGGACACGCUUGAGCGUCAACCCGUCAGUUUUCUAUGCGAAGUCAACCAGGCGGAUGUGGAGGGUCGGUGGUACCGAGAUGACUGCAGAAUCCGACCUGGGGACAACAUCAAGAUAAGACACCAGGGUAAAACGCACGCCUUGCUCUUCAAGUCGGUCCGACCAGAACACGCAGGUGAGAUCAGAUUCACGGCAGAGCGGGUUUCAUCGUAUGCCACUCUCACAGUAAAAGAGCUCCCAGUCCAGAUAAUUCGACCUCUGAGGGUCAAAAUCGCCAUGUAUCGCCACAGAGGUCUGCUGGAGUGCCAGGUGUCGAGGCCUAACGCUCAAGUCAGAUGGUACAAGAGCAGGAAGGAGCUCCUGCCCAGCAAGAAGUAUCAGCUAAUCAGCCAGGACGUCUACAGGCAGCUGACCAUCGAGGAUGUCCGCUCAUCAGACGAAGACACCUACACGUGUGAUGCAGGAGACGACAAAACAUCCUGCCAGCUUCUGGUGGAGGAGCAGGCCAUCAGAAUAGUCCGGGGGAUGAAAUCCAUGGAGGUGAUGGAGCCAAAGCCGGCCCUGUUCCAGGUAGAGACCAGUCUAAAGUCCGGGAGGCCCCCGAAGUGGACCCUGAAGGGUGAGGUGUUGGAGCACUCAGCAGGAGUGAACAUUGACAGGCAGGGGAACCUCCACAGUCUGUGUCUCACCAGCACAGACAGCUCCAUGUCAGGGCCUGUGGUCUUCGUGGCUGGAAAGAGCCGCUCCACCGCUCAGCUUACUGUUAACGAGCGACCUCUUGAGGUGGUUCACCACCUUGAUGAUGUGGAGGCAAAGGAGAGCAGCUCUGUGAGUCUGAGCUGCGAGUUCGCCCCGUCUCCCCGGGUGGUGCGGUGGUUUAAAGGUCGCACGGCUCUGAAGGUCUCCAACAAGUACACCAUGAAGCGAGAGGGGAAACGAGCGGAGCUGAUCGUUCACGGCCUGACAGGGAUGGAUGCCGGACAGUACCGCUGCGUGGCUGGUGGUACGCAAAGCACCGCGGAGGUCAAGGUGGAAGUGAAAAGAUUGAAGCUGGUCAAACACCUUGAGCCUGUCGACAUUGAGGAGGAUGGCGUCGCUACGUUUUCAUGCGAGCUCAACUACGUCGUCGCCAAUGCCGAGUGGCUGCUUAACAACGUCCGGCUCAGGUCUAACGCCGUCAACCGGAUCCAGCACAUGGGCACGAUGCACAGCCUCGUGAUGCAAAAGCUCAGACCACAGGACAGCAGGGUCACAUUUAAAGCAGGCCUUCUCACCGAGACGACAAUCUUAAAAGUUAAAGAGCGCCCGGCGGUGUUUCUCCGGUCCUUGGAGGAUGUAGUUGGAGAGGAGCAAGGGGAGGUUUGCCUGCAGUGUGAAAUCUCCAAAGAUUCAGUGACGCCUCUUUGGAGGAAGGACGGCGUUGUCCUGACACCCGAUGACAAGCAUGAGUUUGUGCAGUGUGGGAAGUGCAGGGCACUGAUCAUCCACUCACUGAGUAAAGAGGAUGCUGGGCAGUACACCUGUGACCUGGGCACCAGUCAGUCCAAGGCGAAGGUUACAGUGCACGAUCUACAUAUUACCAUCGUCCAGCGGAUAAAGACAGUUUCUGUUCAGGAGGGCGAUAACUGUGCUUUCGAGUGCCAUCUCUCUCACGGUCUGGAUGAUGACCCUGUUUGGACCAUCAAUGGUCAGGCGGUGGUUACCAACAGCCGCAUUCAGCUCGUCAACAACGGCCGCGUCUUUAAGAUGGCCAUUAAAGACGUCACCCUCUCUGACGCUGGCGACGUGGUCUUCGCGGUUAAAGACCUGAGCUGUAGGACCAUGUUAUUUGUGAAAGAGAAGCUUGCGCACAUCUUCAGGGACCUGCUGAAUGUGAAGGCCGUGCCUGGGGAGGACGCCGAGCUGAGCUGCCAAAUCACAAAGCCAGAAGUGACCGUUCGUUGGCUGAAAAACGGACGUCCAGUCAGGGACAGCCCUAAAUACGAAAUGAGCACGGAGAAGAACCUGGCAAGGCUGUUGAUCAAGAAUGCCUCCAUCAGAGACUCUGGUGAAUACUGCUGCGAGGCUGACGGCGUUGCAUCCCGAGCCAAGGUGGAGAUCAGAGAACUUCAGCACACUUUCGCAAGGGAGUUGAGAGACAUGCGAGGAGAAGAAAAGAGUAAAGUAACGCUGGAGUGUGAGACCAGGCGGCCAGCCAAGCGCGUGACGUGGCUAAAGGGCAUGGUGGAGCUCAGAUCUGGGAAGAAGUAUGUCGUCAAGCAGAAGGGAGUCGUUCUGUCCCUAACCAUCACCUGCCUGGAGAAAACAGACACGGAUAUUUACGUGUGUGAUGUUGGUACCAUGCAGAGCCGGGCACAGCUGACUGUGCAAGGUCAGAAGGUGAUCAUCUUGGAUGAAUUAGAAGACGUGGAGUGCCUUGAAGGUGACACGGUCACAUUCAGGUGCCGAAUUUGUCCCGAUGACUACUGGGGGGUCAAGUGGUACCUGGACGAGACUCUGCUUUAUACCAACGAGCUCAAUGAGAUCCAGAUGGUACCGGGAGGCCUUCACACCCUCACAUUUAGACAGCUUGCUCGUAAAGACACUGGCACUAUUUCAUUUGUAGCAGGGGACAAAAGAUCGUACGCCUCACUUCUAGUUAGAGAGAGGCGUCCAACCAUCAUCAAAGCACUGGAGGACUGUGAGGCUUUUGAGGGCGGCGGCUUAGUUUUGUCUUGUGUGACUUCCAAACCGUGCCACAUCUUGUGGUACAAAGAUGGCUGCCUGAUGUGGCACUCCUCCAGAUACUUCACCAGCCAUUCUGGCUGCGAGGCACGACUAACCAUUCGAGAGGUUAGCAGCGGCGAUGCUGGAGUGUACGAGUGCAGCGCUGGAUCUGUCACGACCACGGCUGUCGUCACUGUCAAAGCCAUCCCAGCAGAGUUCACCCAGCCUCUGAACGCUGUAGAGGCCAAGGAAGGAGAGGCCGUCACAUUAACCUGUGAAUACUCCUUACCUGGAGUCCAGUUUCACUGGAGGAAAGGUUUUGAGAACAUCCGACCUGGAGAUAAGUACGUCAUGAAACAGAGGAAGACCAUCAUCUCUCUCACCAUCAAAGCACUCAGGCCUGAGGACUCAGGAGAGUACACAUGCCAGUGCAGACAACACCAGACGACAGCUAGUCUCAAAGUACACGCAAUUCCCAUUACGUUCACUCAGCAACUGAAGAACCUGCAAGCUGAGGAGGGCAGCAGUGUGAUAUUACGCUGUGAAAUCUCCAAACCUGGCAUAACGGUGGAAUGGAGGAAGGAGCCCGAGCUGCUGAGGAACGGCAUCAAGUUCCAGAUGAGGAAACGGGAGACCACCUUGGAGCUCCUGAUAUGGAAGCCUGUCCCGGAGGACAGCGGGGAGUAUAGCUGCGUGUGCGCUGAUCAGAUAACGUCUGCCACAGUCAGGAUCACCGCUCUGCCAGUCACCUUCAAGCAGAAGCUGAGGAACGUGUCGAUUGAGGAGGGCAACACGGCGACGUUUCGCUGUGAACUCUCCAAGCCGGGUCAAACCGCCGAAUGGAGGAAAAGUCGAGACGAAGUCAUCAGGAACGGAGAAAAGUAUCACGUGCGACAGAGAGACACACUUAUUGAACUCAGGAUCAUUGAUGUGACUCCUAAAGACAGCGAUAUCUACACUUGCAUCUGCGGAGACAUUGAGACAACGGCCACUCUGACUGUGAAUGCCAUUCCUGUAACGUUCAAGCAAAAGCUGAAGAACCAGCAAGUGGAGGAAGGACACAACAUCACGCUGAAUUGUGAGAUUUCCAAAGCCGGUGUCCCGGUGGAGUGGAGGCUCGGAGGAGAGACGCUGGAGAACGGAGACAAGUACCAGAUGAAGCAGAGGGACUCCUCCCUGGAGCUGACCAUCAGAGACGCUGCGCCGGAGGACAGCGGUGUCUACACCUGUGUGUGCAGAGAGCAAAAGACUAAGGCAACUGUCAAAGUUAUCGCGGUUCCUGCCACAUUUAAAGUGGGCUUGAAGAGCCAGGAAGUGGAAGAAGGGAACGGUGUGACUCUGCAUUGUGAGCUGUCAAAGAAAGGCGUCCCCAUCCAGUGGCUGAAAGACGGUCAGGUGCUGUCCGAAGAGUUGAGCCGAGACAAAUACCUGAUAAAGGUGGAAGGAAAGAAAGCUCUCAUGACUAUUUCCAACGUGCAACCCAAUGACGCAGGGAGGUACAGCUGCGUCACUGGAGAUGAGAAAACCUCAGCAGACGUACGAGUCAAACCACUUCCUGUAACGUUCAAGCGAGAGCUCCAGAGCCUGAUAGCCACAGAAGGAGACUGCGCAGUUUUCUGCUGCGAGCUCUCCAAACCCGAAGCCCCCGUGGAGUGGAGGAAAGGCAGAGUCGUCCUGAAACCUGGAGAGAAAUAUGAAAUGAAACUGGAGGGCCGUCUAACCAAACUGACCAUCAACAGGGUGGAGGAGAGCGAUGCUGGCAAAUACACCUGCAGGACGAAACACAGCCAAUCCACCGCUGAGCUCAGAGUCCGAGCUCUCCCUCCCAGCUUCACGCUGCCGUUAGUUAACCAGGAGGUCACUGAGGGCGACGUUGUGGCUCUGCACUGCGAGCUCAGCAAGCCUGCUCCCUCGGUGGAGUGGAGGAAAGGAGGAGAGCUGCUCAAGAACGGAGACAAGUAUCAGAUGAGGAAGAAAGACCUGCGGGUGGAAAUGAAGAUCGCCGAGCUCACAGUGGAGGACUCUGGGGAUUACACUUGUAUGUGCGGGGAAGAGAGGACCACAGCGCGCCUCACAGUGAAUGAAAAGCCCGUCAAAUUCCUUCAGGAACUACAGAAUAUUCAAGUACAGGAGGGCAGUGGAGUGACGCUCUGCUGUGAGCUCUCCAAACCGGGCUUCCCGGUGCAGUGGAGGAAGGAGGACGUCGUGCUAACCAGCGGCGAGAAAUACCAGAUAAGGCACAUCGGCACCAGACCAGAACUCCUCAUCAGGAAAAGUCUCCCUGAGGACAGCGGCUCUUACAGUUGCAUCUGUGACGACGUCAAAACCACAGCGAGUGUCGCAGUUGCAGCAAUUCCGGUGACUUUCAAGCAGAAACUAAAGAACCAGGAAGCAGUGGAGGACGGUUGCUUGACAUUACGCUGCGAGCUUUCCAAACCGGGACAGGCAGUGGAGUGGAGGAGGGACGCGCAACUUAUGAAGGAUGGAGAAAAGUACCAGAUGAAGCAGGAGGGCCGAGUGGCCGAGAUGCUCAUCAGAAACGUAACUCUUGCAGAUGCAGGAGAGUACAGCUGUUCUGCUGGGACCGCCGUGACUUCAGCCGACAUCAAAGUCAGAGCUCUUCCUGUGACGUUCAAGAAAGAAGUUGAGAAUCUGGAGGUGAAGGAAGGAGACAGUGCUGCUUUCUGCUGUGAGCUGUCCAAGCCCGGAGCCGCCUUGGACUGGAGGAAAGGCAGGGUCGUCCUGAAGGCCGGUUACAAGUAUGAGAUGAAAGAGGAGAGCGGUCUCACCAAGCUGAUCAUCAACAACGUGGAGGAGAGCGACGCCGGCAAAUACACCUGCAAAACAGAGGACAGCCAAUCGACUGCUGAGCUCACAGUCAAAGCUCCCCCUGUCACAUUCAAAACAAAGCUGAGGAACCAGCAGGUGGAGGAGGAAAACAGCGUGACUUUGAGCUGCGAGGUGUCGAAGCCCAGCCUCGCUGUGGAGUGGAGGAAAGGCAAAGAGCUGCUGAAGAGUGAUUUCAAGUACCAGAUCAAAAAUCGUAACAGCGUCAUGGAGCUGACCAUCAAGAACGCCCAACCGGAGGACAGUGGACUCUACAGCUGCAUUUGUGAAGACGUCAAGACCACAGCGCAUGUCACAGUUACACCCAUCCCUCUCACAUUCAAACUGGGCCUGAAGAACCAGGAGGCCCCCGAGGGAGGGGACGUGUGUCUGCGCUGUGAGCUGUCCCGGGCCGGGGUGCCCGUGCAGUGGUGGAAAGGCGAGGACCAGCUCUGCCACGGAGGGAGAGUCCAGAUGACACAGAGGGGCAAGACAGCUGAGAUGACCAUCAGGAACAUACAACCAGAGGACGUCGGAGAGUACAGCUGCGUCUUCGGGGGUCAGAAGACAACAGCUGAAGUCAACGUGAGAGCUGCAGCAUCUGUAUACUUUGAGAAGGAACUAGAAAGCCAAGUGGUUACGGAGGGGAAAUCUGUGCUGCUGUCCUGCGAAGUUUCCAGCGCUAAUGUUCCCGUCACUUGGAAGAAAGACAGCGCCGUGAUUGAAGACGGAGCGCAUUACAUAGUGAAGAAAAAAGGCCCCUCGCGCACUCUGGAGAUUAAGAAAACGCAACUGGCCGACGCUGGAGAGUACUGCUGCAUCACCAGAGGCAAGAAGACCACUGCCAAGCUGACUGUGAGGGAGCGUGUCAGGAUUGUGAAACAUCUCCAGGACCUAACAGUGACAGCCGGGGAGGACGCCGUGUUUGUCUGCGAGCUGAGCCACGCAGACGUGAGCGACGGCGUCUGGUGGCUCGGUGCGAGCGCUCUGCAGAAGAACGACAUGAACCAGAUGACGUGCCACGGUCGCCAGCGCCGCCUGGUCCUCACCAUGACCACCCCGGAGGAGACGGGCCAAGUAGCGUUCGUGGUUGGGGAAGAGAGGACCUCUGCACAACUGCUUGUCGUCCCCAAGCCCAAAGUGUUGUUUGAGGAGAAACCCAAAGACACCACGGCCAUGGAAGGAGAGACAGCUAUCUUGUCCUGCGCCACAUCUGACUGCACCACCUUGGUCACCUGGAAGCGGCACCAUAUUCCACUUCGAAGUGGUGAUAAAUAUGAGAUGCGUAAGGAGGGUAAAAUCAACCUGCUGCUUAUCCGCGAUGUUGAGCCCCAGGACACUGGCAUGUACUCUUGUGAUACAGGGGAUGUGCAGAGCACUGCCAAACUAACUGUGACCGAACUUCCUCCGUUCUUUCAAGAAGAGCUGCAAAGUGUGGAAAGUGAAGAAGGAGGCUCAGCCUGCCUCUACUGUGAACUGUCUAAACUAGGAGUCCCGAUUCAGUGGAAAAAGGACCGGCUGCCAAUAAGAGCUAGCAGGAAGUAUGAGAUGAAGCAAGAUGGCUGCUUCCUGCAGCUUCACAUCAAGGAACUUAAGCUCGAAGACAGUGGCAGCUACUCCUGUCAAGCAGGGAGUGCAGAAACAACGGCAACGGUGUCUGUAAGAGAGACGCCCCCGUUCUUCAAGAAAGAAUUAAGAAGCGUGGAGGCCGAGGAAGGGGGUGCAGCCUUCCUGCAGUGCGAGCUUUCCAAAGCGGGGGUAUCUGUGCAGUGGAAGAAGAAUGGACUUCCUCUCAGAGAGAGCAGGAAGUACAAGAUGAAACAAGAUGGCUGCCUCCUCCAGCUCCACAUGGAUGGGCUGAAAGCUGAAGACAGUGGCAGCUACACAUGUCAGGCAGGAGGCACAGAGACGGCUGCCAAUGUGACAGUAAAAGAGCUUCCGCCCUAUUUCAAGAAGUGUCUGCAGAACAUAAAGGCAGAUGAAGGGGGUACAGCCUCUCUUCUCUGUGAGGUUUCUAAACCUGGAGUGUCUGCUCAGUGGAAGAAGAACCAGGCGCCUCUGAGAGCCAACAGGAAGUAUGAGAUGAAGCAGCAGGACUGCCUCCUACAGCUGAACAUCAAGGAGGUCAAACCGGAGGACAGCGGCUGCUACACUUGCCAAGUAGGAGGAGCAGAGACCAGCGCCACUGUGUCUGUCAAAGAGCUCCCGCCAUUCUUUAAGGAGAAUCUAAAAAGCCUGACGGUGGAGGAGGGAGGUACGGCCUCCCUGUGCUGUGAGGUGUCCAAGCCUGUGCAAGCAGUGCAAUGGAAGAAGAACAGGCUGCCGCUGAGAGCCAACAGGAAGUAUGAGAUGAAGCAAGAUGGCUGCUCCCUCCAGCUUUACGUCAGAGAUCUCACAGCCGAGGACAGCGGCAGCUACUCCUGUCACGCUGGACCUGCAGAGACCAAUGCAACCGUAUCUGUGAAAGAACAACCGGUUUUCUUCACGAAAGAAUUACAAAACAGGGACGGCGAGGAAGGAGGCUCCAUCUCUCUGUGCUGUGAACUUUCCAAGCCUGACGUUUCUGUGCAUUGGAAGAAAAACAAGCUGCCAGUGAGAGCCGGCCAGAGGCAUGAAUUCAGCCAAGAAGGCUCCAUCGUUCAGCUUCACAUCAUAGCUCUGAGACCCGAGGACAGCGGCAGCUACUCGUGUAUGGCAGGGGGUGCAGAGACAACUGCUGCUGUGUCUGUAAAAGAGACGCCCCCGUUCUUCAAGAAAGAAUUAAGAAGCGUGGAGGCCGAGGAAGGAGGUGCAGCCUUCCUGCAGUGUGAGCUUUCCAAAGCGGGGGUAUCUGUGCAGUGGAAGAAGGAUGGACUUCCUCUCAGAGAGAGCAGGAAGUACAAGAUGAAACAAGAUGGCUGCCUCCUCCAGCUCCACAUGGAUGGGCUGAAAGCUGAAGACAGUGGCAGCUACACAUGUCAGGCAGGAGGCACAGAGACGGCUGCCAAUGUGACAGUAAGAGAGCUUCCGCCCUAUUUCAAGAAAGAUCUGCAGAACAUAAAGGCAGAUGAAGGGGGUACAGCCUCUCUUCUCUGUGAGGUUUCUAAACCUGGAGUGUCUGCUCAGUGGAAGAAGAACCAGGCGCCUCUGAGAGCCAACAGGAAGUAUGAGAUGAAGCAGCAGGACUGCCUCCUACAGCUGAACAUCAAGGAGGUCAAACCGGAGGACAGCGGCUGCUACACAUGUCAAGUAGGAGGAGCAGAGACCAGCGCCACUGUGUCUGUCAAAGAGCUCCCGCCAUUCUUUAAGGAGAAUCUAAAAAGUCUGACGGUGGAGGAGGGAGGUACGGCCUCCCUGUGCUGUGAGGUGUCCAAGCCUGUGCAAGCAGUGCAAUGGAAGAAGAACAGGCUGCCGCUGAGAGCCAACAGGAAGUAUGAGAUGAAGCAAGAUGGCUGCUCCCUCCAGCUUUACGUCAAAGAUCUCACAGCCGAGGACAGCGGCAGCUACUCCUGUCACGCUGGACCUGCAGAGACCACUGCAGCUGUAACAGUGAAAGAACAACCGGUUUUCUUCACGAAAGAAUUACAAAACAGGGACGGCGAGGAAGGAGGCUCCAUCUCUCUGUGCUGUGAACUUUCCAAGCCUGACGUUUCUGUGCAUUGGAAGAAAAACCAGCUGCCAGUGAGAGCCGGCCAGAGGCAUGAAUUCAGCCAAGAAGGCUCCAUCGUUCAGCUUCACAUUAAAGCUCUGAGACCCGAGGACAGCGGCAGCUACUCGUGUAUGGCAGGGAGUGCAGAGACAACUGCUGCUGUGUCUGUAAAAGAGACGGCCCCGUUCUUCAAGAAAGAAUUAAGAAGCGUGGAGGCCGAGGAAGGAGGUGCAGCCUUCCUGCAGUGUGAGCUUUCCAAAGCGGGGGUAUCUGUGCAGUGGAAGAAGAAUGGACUUCCUCUCAGAGAGAGCAGGAAGUACAAGAUGAAACAAGAUGGCUGCCUCCUCCAGCUCCACAUGGAUGGGCUGAAAGCUGAAGACAGUGGCAGCUACACGUGUCAGGCAGGAGGCACAGAGACGGCUGCCAAUGUGACAGUAAAAGAGCUUCCACCCUAUUUCAAGAAGUGUCUGCAGAACAUAAAGGCAGAUGAAGGGGGUACAGCCUCUCUUCUCUGUGAGGUUUCUAAACCUGGAGUGUCUGCUCAGUGGAAGAAGAACCAGGCGCCUCUGAGAGCCAACAGGAAGUAUGAGAUGAAGCAGCAGGACUGCCUCCUACAGCUGAACAUCAAGGAGGUCAAACCGGAGGACAGCGGCUGCUACACUUGCCAAGUAGGAGGAGCAGAGACCAGCGCCACUGUGUCUGUCAAAGAGCUCCCGCCAUUCUUUAAGGAGAAUCUAAAAAGUCUGACGGUGGAGGAGGGAGGUACGGCCUCCCUGUGCUGUGAGGUGUCCAAGCCUGUGCAAGCAGUGCAAUGGAAGAAGAACAGGCUGCUGCUGAGAGCCAACAGGAAGUAUGAGAUGAAGCAAGAUGGCUGCUCCCUCCAGCUUUACGUCAAAGAUCUCACAGCCGAGGACAGCGGCAGCUACUCCUGUCACGCUGGACCUGCAGAGACCACUGCAACCGUAACAGUGAAAGAACCUCCUCCAUCUUUCAAGAAAGAGUUGGUAAGUGUGGAGGCAGAGGAAGGUGGAGCAGCAUCUCUGUGCUGUGAAGUGUCCAAACCUGGAGCGUCUGUGCAGUGGAGGAAAAACAAAAUGCCACUGAGAGCCAGCAGCAAGUAUGAAAUGAAGCAGGAAGGCUCCGUCGUUCGGCUUCGCAUCAAUGAUGUCAAACCUGAGGACAGCGGCAGCUACUCGUGUCAAGCCGGACCUGCAGAGACCACUGCCACUGUGUCUGUGAAAGAACUUCCUCUAUUCUUCCUGAAGAAGCUACAAAACACGAACGCCGAGGCGGGAGGGAUGAUCUCCAUGUGCUGUGAACUUUCCAAACCUGGGGUCUCGGUGCAGUGGAAGAAAGACAAGCUGCCGCUGCGAGCCAGCAGGAAGCAUGAGAUGAAACAAGACGGUCGCCUCUGUCAGCUUAACAUCAAAGACCUCAGGGUGGAGGACAGCGGCAGCUACACCUGCCAAGCGGGGAGUGCAGAGAGUACUGCAAGUGUGGCAGUUCAAGAGCCUGCUGCAUUGUUCAUGAAAGAAUUACAAAGUGUUGAGGCUGAGGUUGGCAGUGCAGCCUCUAUGUCCUGUGAGUUAUCCAGACCUGGAGUGCCUGUGCAGUGGAAGAAGGGUAACCUUCCUCUGACAGCCAGCGAGAAGUACGAGAUGAAACAAGACGGCCGUUUUCUGCAGCUUAACAUAAGGAAUCUUAAUUUAGAGGACAGUGGUAGCUACUCUUGUCAAGCUGGAAAUGCAAAAACAUCUGCAACCGUGCAAAUAAAAGUGCCACAGCUUGUUAUACAAGAGGCCAAACCUAGAGCAGCACCGGCACAGAUGAAAAGCACCGUCUCUGAACCAGCGGAUGAAAGGCCCGGCCUGCCAGAGGCCAAGCCGGUUCCCCCAGAGCCCAAAAAGAGGACUAACAGGAAAGCAUCUAUCAGCACUUUAGAAAAAGACACAGAGCAAUUGUUUGACCUGAAGGUGUCCGUGCAGAAUGUCAACAAUGAAGCCCAAAAGGGCGUCCAGCAAGCGAGAGCUCCAGAGAAACACUUUGAUGUUGUGCAGAAUGGAACAAAAGUAGAGAGGAAUGAAGAGAAAGGGAGUGAGAUGCACAAGAAAGAUGUUAAGCCAGUUAAACUACCAGAGGAGGAUUAUAAGGUUGGCAGGAGGGUUAUAGAGCCAUCUUCACCUUUGGGUACAGAAAAAGAUUUCACGGAAAAGAGACAACCAGAAGAGAAUGGAGGAAAAUGUGCUGAAAAUGUCGACUCUCGCGCGAAUCAGUCAGAGAGGCUGGUUGGCGACGAAACGGUUGAACUGAAAGAGACAGAAGCUGGAAGAGAAAUUGAAAAGGGAUUCAAACAACAAGUAAAGUCUUCAGAGGAAGCGAACAAAGUGAAGCAGGAGAUAACUCAACAUGCAGCAACAAUUUGGAGAAACAGUCAGGAUGAAAAACACGUAGAAGAGAAGCUUAAUGGGAAAGAAAUGACCAACACAGAUGUUAAAGCUUCAGAAUACAAAAGUGAAGAAGGAGAGACAGAAGAGGAGCGUGUGAAACCACCAGCGAGAUCCAGGCCAAAGGUGGUAUCUGGAGAUCAAACAGUCAAGUCUCUUACGAAACAAACAGAGGAUACAGUCCCUCGACUAGUCAAGAGAUCCCCAAAAGAUUCUGAAGACCCUAACGAGAGAGAGAAGGGGCAGGUGUUGCCAGAGAAGGUGUUGACACAAACACCCAGAGCAGAUCUGCUUCAGAGGCAAACAACUGAAGAGCCAGAAAAGGCGGAAGAAAAAAUGCCUCAGUUUGCCCCUCCAAAACCACCAGAGAGGAGAAAGAGCAAAGUAAAAAUAGGGAUGGAAAGACAGUUUUCAAGGGACACAGAGACAGAUCAAGAUGACGUACAGCCGAAAAGUGCUGCAGUAACGUCGUCCGGAGUGAAGCCAAACAUACAGCCAAGAAAGCCACUGAAGAAAGACGUGGAAGAGACUUCAAGACUGGAGAGAAACAAGUCCGUCACAACAGACAGUGAAACAGAAGAAAAAGUUAAGCAACUAGUAAAACAGCCAGUGAGACCAAAUAAGAAAGAACCUGGACUAGUUCAGGAAAUAAAACUGGCUGUUGAGCCAAUGAGAAAAACGGAGGAAGCCCAGCCAGCAAACACGGAAGAGGAGAUCCCUCUGCUCUACAUUUCUGAAGAAGAAACUUUCUCAGAGGCCUUCGCUGAGCUUCCUCCCAUCCACCUCCAGCCUGCUGGUCCUGAGCGAACCGGACCGCUGCUUAUCCAGAAGAUACAGCCACCAGAACCUUCUCCCGGGGAGACCGACCUCAACGUGGAGGACGAACCCCAAAUGCAAGACGCUGCCGUCAAGAUCCAGGCGGCGUUCAAAGGCUACAAAGCUCGCAGAGACAUGCGGCCCGUCUUCAAGGAGGUGUUCAAGAACCAGAACGCGGAUCUCCACGGCACGCUCACGUUGAAGUGUGUUGUGGAUGGAAGGCCCAGCACUGUGCGCUGGCUGAAAAACGGCCAACAACUUACGAAUGAUCCUCGACGCCAGAUUAGAACCACGGAAAAAGGAGAAUGCACGCUCGUGGUUAAAAACCUAAACAACAGCGACGGCGGUGUUUACACCUGCGAGGCGGUGAACAAGUUUGGUGUGACCUCCUACAACGGAAACAUAACAGUCACGGAGGCGGGGCAACCGGUCCCUGCAGCCCAGAAGCCGAUACACCCGCCACUUGCCGCCAUAACUCCUUUGCAGCUCGCUCCACAAAAGCCUGAAGCCCAGGAAACGACACAGACUCUGAAUCUGAGUCAGGCACAGCCAGCGCCGCCUACGGAUGCUGAAAAUUAUGUAGAAAGUGUGAGCGUUUCUCUCUGGGAUGCCUACAUCCUGACAGAGCAGGACAAUCAGACACGCCUGCAAGAGAGAAGAAGAUCUUCACUCAUAGCCGUCAGCUCCUUGUCAAGUCCCUCGGAGUAUGACACGGCCCCUGAUGUCUUGGAACCUGCCGAGGCUGUUCCAGCAUCGCCGAGGGGAGUGUCAAAACCAGCUGACACGGUGCAGCCAAAGGCUAAGCAGGAGGAAAUGGCUGUUAUGAGACCUCCCAAGAAACUGUUGGAUGUUAAAGGAGCUCCUGAUAUUAAACUAAGGACACCUUCUCCCAAGCACCAUCGAUCCCACACGCCUUUAACUAGCACUGUGUCUGGAUCUGAGUCAGAGGGUGAGGAGGACAGACGGGAGACAUUUGAAAUAUUCGUCGCUCGAGCCGACUGCAGCCCUAAUACUGGAAGCAAGGACAGUUUUAUUCUGAAGGAGGGUCAGUUUGUGGAGGUCCUGGACUCUGUUCAUCCUGACAGAUGGUUGGUGAGGACCAAGCCAACCAAAACCAACCCCUCUCGACAGGGAUGGCUGUGUCCUGCCUAUCUGGAGAAGAAGAGAAAAGAAAUUUUCCCCCAAAGCAGAGUUGCUCAAGAGGAUCUGGAUGGGAUUGGGUCUACAGGGGAAGAGUACAGGAGAGCACUGAGUCAGCUGAUCCAAGGCCUGAUUGAUGGAGAAGAGGAGUUCGUAAAGGCGAUGAAGACGUUCAUCUCUCACCAGCUCAAUCGUCUGGACUCUAGCCACCACGUCCCCAUGAACAUCCUCAACCAGAAAGAGAUCAUCUUCAGGAACGUCAAAGACGUUGUUGGCUUUCAUGAGCGUUCCGUCCUUCCUGGUCUGAGACGAUGCGUUACAGACGAUGAUGUUGCCAUGUACCUAAUCAAGCACGCUGAGGAUUUUGAGAAGUAUCUUCACUACAUGGUGGGCCAAGCGCAGGCAGAGGCCUGCAUCACUGACAAGGCCGUUCAGCAAUACUUCAAAGAGGUGACAGCGUCUGAUAAGGCUGGCGACGCCCCCGUCAUGGAUGUCCUCACUUUCCUGCAGCAACCAGUUGAGAGGAUUCAAACUUACCAGGCUUUACUGAAGGAGCUGAUUAAGAACAAAGCCAAGAGUGGCCAGAGCUGCUACCUGUUGGAGGACGCCUUCUCCGUGGUGUCCUGCUUGCCCUGGAGGUCAGACAAUCUGCAUCGGGUGUCCCUGAUCGAAAACUAUCCAGCUCCUCUUACUGCUCUGGGCGAGCCUGUGAGACAGGGAGUCUUCACAGUGUUGGAGGAAUCUCCAGAAAUAAAAACAACCUCCAGAGGGCAUCAGAGACAAGUGUUUCUCUUUAAGGAAAGUAUUGUACUGUGCAAGGUGAAGAAAGACGCCAGCAUGAAUCGGGACACAUACAGCUUCAAGAACAAAAUGAAGCUGAAUGAUGUGGAGAUAAAGGAAACGGUGGGCGGAGAGGACAGGUCCUGGGGCUUGUGGCAUGAGCACAGAGGCUCUGUACGGCGUUACACUUUGCAGAGCAACUCCACCCUGGUUAAGCUGUCCUGGCUGAAAGACCUGAAGGAGCUGCAGCAUCGGUCCAGCCUCAGCAAUAACUGCCCUCCAUUGUUUGAGUCACAGCUUUGUGACUGCUCAGCACAGAUUGGGCAGACAAUCAAACUGAGCUGCAGGGUGUUGGGAUUUCCAAAACCAGUAGUCAGCUGGAUCAAAGAUGGUCUUCCUUUGGAGGAUGACCCACGCCACAUCAUCACCGCUGACCGGUCAGGGAGGUGCAGCCUGGUCCUGGACUGCCUCACUGCAGAGGACUCUGGUCAGUACAUGUGCUAUGCGACCAGCUCCAUGGGCAGUGCUGGCACUCUGGCCAAGGUGGUGGUAAAAGCUCCGCCCAGAUUCGUGAGCCGACUGGAAAGUGCUUGCCUGAUAGAAGGGGAAGAGAUCCAGUUUUCAUGUUCCACUCUCACCACCCCUUUACCAAGAAUCAGGUGGUUGAAAGAUGGCAGGGAGCUGACUGCCGGUAAUAAAUACUCCAUUGUGAAUGACGGCAGGAGUGGAAUCUUGUCCCUCACAGUUAUCGGGGCCACAGAGGCAGACAUCGGACAGUACGAGUGUGAACUUUGGAAUGAACUUGGCUGUGUCAAGUGCAAAGCAGGUCUCUGUCCUGCCUUUGUACCACCAGCCGACACUGAGAGUGACCGACCGCAGGACUUACCUGCUAAAGAAGCUGAUUCAGAGGCCUGGUCCACUGCUUUUGUUAAGAAAUGGCUGCAGACUGAUUUCAGCCCUACAUCUAUGGCCAAGAUAUCAUUUCCUGCUGGAUCCUCUGAGCUAUGUAGCACCGACACAGAUGUUCCACCUUCUGCGUUGGAUCAAGCCGUACAGCAGCCUUCCUGUUACCUGGAAGAAGAAGAGGAGGAGAUUUACAUUUCGGAGCCCAUGCACGGAAUCACGGACGCUCCUCCUUCCAUCCAGGUGCCUGCUGAGGAUCUGUGUGUAGAGCCAGGACAAGCAGCAACAUUCACAGCCAUCAUCACAGGAAGACCCACUCCUAAGAUACUGUGGUACAAGGACAGGGAGCGCCUUGCAGCCAAUGAGAAUGUGAAGAUAUCCCAACACGGUGCUCGCUGCUGCCUCAGCAUACUGUGCCCUGAAGGAGAGGACAGUGGCGUAUACACCUGCUUCGCUCACAAUGACUCAGGCCAAGCCUCCUGUGAAGCUCAGCUAACAGUCGAGGAAGGUCCGCUUGAUUCUCAGGAGAGAGAGGUGGAGCUGGGGAAGAGAAGGAAGUUGUUCUCGGUCUAUGAUGUCCACGAGGAAAUUGGAAGGGGGGCAUUUGGGGUGGUGAAGCGGGUCAUCCACAGAAGAACCGGUGAAGUGUUUGCCGCCAAGUUUCUGCCUCUGCGCAGCAGCUCCCGGACCAGGGCCUUCCAGGAGAGGGAUCUCCUUUCCCGUCUCGCUCACCCCAGAGUGGCCUGCCUGCUGGACUUCUUCUGCACCCGACGCACCCUGGUGUUGAUUACAGAAACCUGCUGUUCUCAUGGACUCCUUGACCAUUUAUUGAUGAGAGGAUCUGUCUCAGAAAAAGAAGUCCAGUCAUACAUCCAGCAAAUUCUGGAAGGGGUUGGUCAUAUUCACAGCAUGAACAUCAUGCAUCUGGAUAUCAAACCUGAAAAUAUCUUGAUGGCGUAUCCGCCAAGAGAUGAGAUCAAGAUCUGUGAUUUUGGCUUCUGCCAGGAAAUAGACACAUCCCGACACCAGUACAGCAUGUUUGGCACACCGGAGUUUGUUGCACCUGAGAUUGUGCAUCAAGAACCUGUGACUGUGGCCACUGAUAUUUGGGCCGUCGGUGUCAUUGCAUUUCUGUGCCUGGUUUGCCGGUGCCCUUUUGUGAGCGAGACUGACCGCGCGACAUUGCUGAGCGUGGGCGAGGCGACUUUAAACUGGGACGCCCCGGACAUCGUGUGCAGGAGCCCCGAAGCGAGGAGCUUUCUCCAUACGGUCCUUCAGCCGGAUCCAGAGACUCGACCAUCUGCCCUUGAGUGCUUGAAUCACGAGUGGCUUCAGGAUGGAAAUGCAGGGGAGGACACUGAUGAAAUCAACACAAAGACUUUGAAAGUCUUCAUCUCUAAAAGGAAGUGGCAGCGUUCUUUGACAUCCAUCGGGUCGGUGCUCACACUGAGGCCCAUUCCCGAGCUGCUGGACGCUCCUCUCAGAGAGACUUCAGUUGCGGUUCCCCGCGAGCCCCAGGAGCACAGCAGCACCUCCCUGAGCAGCGGCUCCUCGUCGGAGUACGAUGAGGCAGACUCCUGGGACUUUUUCCAGCACUGCAGCCAGACUGAGGAGGAGGAGGAGGAGACAGAGGAAGAAUAUGAUCCCGAGUCUUUUUCCAAAUGCCGCCUAGGUGCAGAGGAGGAUGAGGAAGGGACUUUAGGGGAGGAUGAGGAUGGAGAGAUGGGAGGAAGGAGGAGCGUCACAGAGCGCAGCGUGAGCAGGGCGUCGAUUGCAUCAUCGACAACAACAGCAGACCAACAGACGCCUCAGAGGGAACGACGCUUCAGCAAGGAUAGCAACCGAUCUUUGCAUCUCUCUGACGGGGAUGAGGGUUCAGGGAGCGAUGGAGGUCGUAUCCCCAGGGGAAGCGUCAUCCGAAGCACUUUCUACAACAACUCUCAACAGCUUUCCCCCCUGUCGGCCAGACACAUGAGUUUGAGGGACAAAUUCCAGGCGAGAAAGCAGGAGAGAGGCCGCAAGCCUCUCAGGAGGAGUUUCUCCGGACGUCUCAACGAGCCUCUGAUUGAGUACGUGGAGGACGAACCGGAGAGCAACCGUGGGCAGAGGCGAGGAUCCAUCCAGCCCAGCAUGCAGAAGUCCUCCUCGUUUGACAGCGGCGUGGCCUUUGCCCAUACCAACCUACCCCCGAACAGACGGAGCAGGUCCCUGGACGAGUAUUCCCGUCGAUCUCCCAGCUCGGCCGGCCGUGAAAGAGCGCGUGAAGAGGAGACCAUCCAGAGCACGAGGGAAGAAGUCACGGAUGAUGAGGCGGUUGGAAGAAGCUCGCUAAUUACCCAGAAAGCUCAGCAGUUCUCAGGAAGAAGGGGCUCAGUUGUUCCGACACAAGGGGCGUUCAGUAGGUCGUCCGCUCCUUCAGAGUUUCUCAGCGGAGGCCGUAUGAGAUCCAGGCUGGGUCAGGACCAGAUGGAGGGGGAUACUUUAACCAGCUCCCAAGGGUCUCUGGCUGAGUCUUUUAUUUUGGAGCACGGUGGAUCCGAGUCUUCAAGUAGACUUGGCUCCUUUGACGAGCUGAGCCACGGUCAGGUUGGAAGACGGUACCAGACGGGAGAGAGCGACGGACACGAUGAACACAGUGAGCCCCUGAUCACGCCAUCUCCCACCUCCUUUCAAGAAAUGAAACCGAGAAACUCCUUUCCUCAAGCGCCACCACGCAACCGCACCAGGUCCAAUCCCAACUUAUCCACAACCUGCAGAGGUCAGCCAGGGAGGCCCUUAAUGCCGAGUCCGAGUCCAAGCCUCUGCUCUCUAGACGCUCCCGAGAGGCCUCCCAGGGCCCGGGACAAGAAAGACGGCUCCGGGCUCCAAAGACACGCAUCCGCUCCAGCUCUGGAAGCGCGGCCACCGACUGGAAAGUCCCCCAAACUGGGCCUUCUGAAGAUCUUCCGCAGGCAGUCCUGGACCGGCCGCUCGUACACCGAGCUGGAGGAUGCGGAGCUGGGGCCCACUCUGGGAGAGAUCAUGAAGCCCGACACACCUCCUAUGUCUCUGAGGAAGAAGAUGAGAGCCUCUGCUUCCAGUCUGACCAAACUAUUCUCCAGGUCCUCCAGUAAGGAGGAUGUCAGAAAAGGAGGACCCAUAGUGAAAGGAUCUGCUGCCAUCCCACCUGAGAGGGAACAAAGCAUUGGUCUCGAAAGCCCCAAAAAGAGAAGCUCAAAGCUCCUGUCAUCUUUUAAAAUACCAUCAUUCAAGAAAACAAAAGUUUGUCCCAGCAAGGCCGAGGUGCUGCAUUUAGACGGAGGCGGUGUCCUGCUGGUGUGGAGGCCUGUCCAGUCCGCUGACCCGGUCACUUACUGUGUCCAGUACUGUACAGAUGGUGGAGAGUGGACAGUCCUGUCAGAUGAGGUGGCAGAGAGCUGCUAUGUGGUGAAGGACUUACCCAAAGGAGCAUCGUACGUGUUUAGAGUGGGCUGUAUCACCAGGACGGGAGCAGGACCUUUCAGCGAAGCUUCAGCUCCCGUUGUCAUGUCCACUCAUCCUGAAGACAUCCGCAUUCCUCUCAUUCAAGUUGAAUCUCUUGGGUCAAAAGCCACUGGAUCAGAAAAUCAAACCGUAACCAGGAACUACAGCUUCCUCUCUGAGAUCAACAGGGGUCGUUUCAGUGUAGUAACCCUGUGCAGGGAUGUGGAGACCAGCCAGGCGUUCGCCGCCAAGAUCACGCCCUACCAGGCCGAGCAGAGGCCACUGGUGCUGCGGGAGUACCAGCUGCUGAGGAGGCUUCACCACCUCCACCUGGUCCAGCUGCACGCUGCUUUCAUCACUCCUCGCUACGUGGUGUUGGUGGAGGAGCUGUGUCCCGGCAAGGAGCUGCUGCACAGUCUGGCAGCAAGAGACCUGUAUGCAGAGAGUAAUGUCGCCGAGCUGCUGCAUCAGAUUGUGAGCGCGGUGGACUACCUCCACAGCCGUCGGGUCGUGCACCUGGACCUGAAGUCUGACAACAUGCUGGUGGAUGACGGCAACCACCUAAAGAUCGUCGAUUUUGGCUCGGCUCAGUCCUUCAUACCAGGACAGCCUCUCAGCAUAGAGCACAUUCACGGCUUCUCAGACAGCAAAGACUGCUGCAGAAAAGUCUAUAUUGUCCUUCCUAAAGCUCCAGAGAUCCUGGAAGGUCAGGGCGUAGGGCCGGAGACGGACAUCUGGGCUAUUGGUGUCCUGUCCUUUAUUAUGCUGAGCGCCGACAGUCCCUUUUAUUCCGAGCUCAGCUGGGAGCAAGACAAAAACAUAAGGAAAGGAAAGAUCCAGUUCGGCCGCUGUUACCCUGGUCUGUCAGAAGGAGCUUUAAACUUCAUGAAGAGCAGCCUGCAUAACAAGUCCUGGGGGAGACCCACAGCGGCCGAGUGUCUCCAGAACCCGUGGCUACGCGCCCAUCGCGCUCCGCACAAAGUCCGGCCCUCCAAAGUGUGCUUCUCCUCUGACAAGCUCAGAGCUUACCUCAAGCAGAAAGAGGAGAAACGAGAGCAGGUGUGCACAAAACACCAGGGUCCGUCCUUCCAGUGAGGUAGAAAAAAAAAAAAACGACAAAACCUUCAUUUUUCUGAACAAAAAACAUUUUAGUGCUGUUGUCUUUUGUCAAGCGUGCCUCGAAACCCUUGUUAUCUGCAUAAAGUGAGAUAUCCUGACUUCAAACGCGUCUUAAUGAGUCUCAGUGUGUGAAUCUUUUUGAUUCGGUGUUGAUGAAGACAAAUCAGGGAUGAGUAAGUACCACAAAUCAGUGCAUGAGUUGUGAGGUUUUAAGUUGUGCUGUAUGAGAUUCGCUUUGUUCCUCUGCUACAGUGUCAAACAGACGCACAUGCUGGGUCUUACAUUUGAAAUCUGUUUUUGGGAUGUGUGUGUGUUUUAAUGAAGACAGGUAUGUUUCAGUAAUAUAUUCCAAACUUUCUAACUCACACGUCUGCAAUAAAUAAAUAGUUAACAGGUAAAUUGUGUUAUUUUGGAUGACCUUGUCUUGAAGAGAAUGGGGGGAAAAAUAUGUAAUAAAUGACACUAGAAGAGCUGUUAAUUACUAAAUCUCUUUAUUUAUCCAGGUUUCUAUACAGACACAUGGUUUUCAACAUCUAUAGAAAUCUACAUAAUAGAAAGACUUCUCUGUGCAGAAGGGUUUUAGCUGUUUAAUAUUUGUCCUUAAUAAAUGUAUGCAUACACACAGUU